GGAACGAACAUAAAGAAAGCGAAAGCAUAGGAAGCGAGUCCCCGUAAAUUUCCUGGCAGCGCAGCGUGGGGUGGAGUUUCUCGAAAAAAAUACGCAUGAAGCGGGUCAAAGAUUCCGCGGGGAGUGGGAAGGCGCGGGAAGGUAUUUGGCUUCGCGCGUGGACCCACCCCGGGUUCCCACGGCGUACAGACUCGUUGACCAUGGGAACUGGAUAUGCCCUGGGCGGAUGCUGUUGCCUUCGCGUUACUCGCGUGCUAUUAAAUCCCCCCCUCCUAGCCCCUCUCUCCUCGUUCUGUCUUCCCCCCUCUCCGUUUCCUUCCCUUUUCGCAAGAGGUCUCUGCAAUAACUCUCCUCGUUGGAUUCUUCUCCUGAAAGAGAGGAAGAAGAAGAGAGGGUGAAGAUGGCUAGGGACCAGCUUCAGGUGCUGAACGCACUAGAUGUCGCCAAGACCCAGUGGUACCACUUCACGGCGAUCGUUAUCGCCGGGAUGGGCUUCUUCACCGACGCCUACGACCUCUUCUGCAUCUCCUUGGUGACCAAGCUCCUCGGCCGGAUUUACUACUUCGACCCCUCCUCCUCCACCCCCGGCUCGCUCCCGCCGAACGUGUCGGCCGCCGUCAACGGCGUGGCCUUCUGCGGCACGCUCUCCGGCCAGCUUUUCUUCGGGUGGCUGGGCGACAAGAUGGGCCGGAAGAAGGUCUACGGCGUCACCCUCAUGCUCAUGGUGGUCUGCUCCCUCGCCUCCGGCCUCUCCUUCGGCCACACCGCCAAGGGCGUCGUUGCCACCCUCUGCUUCUUCCGCUUCUGGCUUGGCUUCGGCAUCGGCGGUGACUACCCACUCUCCGCCACCAUCAUGUCCGAGUACGCUAACAAGCGCACCCGCGGCGCGUUCAUCGCCGCCGUCUUCGCUAUGCAGGGUUUCGGCAACCUCUCCGGUGGAAUCGUCGCCCUCAUCGUCUCCGCCACCUUCAAGGAUAGCUUCAAGGCGCCGCCUUACGACGUCAACCGAGCCGCCUCCACCGUCCCCCAGGCUGAUUACGUCUGGCGGAUAAUUGUCAUGUUCGGCGCCAUCCCGGCGGCGCUCACCUACUACUGGCGGAUGAAGAUGCCGGAGACCGCCCGGUACACCGCGCUCGUCGCCAGGAACGCCAAGCAGGCCGCCGCCGACAUGUCGAAGGUGCUCCAGGUCGACAUCGUCGAGGAGCAGCAGACAGUGGAGCAGCUUACCAGGAAAUCGGCUGGCAACUUCGGCAUCUUCUCGAAGGAAUUCGCCCGCCGCCACGGCAUGCACCUCCUCGGCACCGCCACCACGUGGUUCCUCCUCGACAUCGCCUUCUACAGCCAAAACCUCUUCCAGAAGGAUAUCUUCAGUGCCGUCGGCUGGAUCCCCGCGGCCAAAACCAUGAACGCCCUCGAGGAAGUCUACAAGAUUGCUCGCGCCCAGACCUUGAUCGUCCUCUGCGGCGCCAUCCCUGGCUACUGGUUCACCGUCGCGUUCAUCGACAUCAUCGGCCGGUUCAAGAUCCAGCUUAUGGGCUUCUUCAUGAUGACCGCUUUCCUGCUCGGCCUCGCCAUCCCCUACCAUCACUGGACUACCAAGGGCCACCACAUCGACUUUGUCGUCAUGUAUGCGUUCACCUUCUUCUUUGCCAAUUUCGGGCCCAACAGCACCACCUUCAUCGUGCCGGCCGAGAUCUUCCCGGCGAGGCUGCGGUCGACGUGUCACGGGAUCUCCUCGGCCGCAGGGAAAGCGGGGGCGAUCGUGGGGGCGUUCGGUUUCCUGUACGCGGCGCAGAACCAGGACAAGGCCUUGGCCGAUCCCGGCUACCCGGCCGGCAUUGGCGUCAGGAACUCGCUAUUCCUGCUGGCAGGCUGCAGCUUCUUGGGUUUCUUCUUUACCUUCUUGGUGCCGGAGUCCAAGGGGAAAUCCUUGGAAGAGAUAUCUGGUGAUAAUGAGGAUGAAGAAGUUCAGGUAGCCGAAACAGGUUACAACAGGACUGUCCCUAUUUAGAUUUAAGCUGCAUGUAGCUUUGUGUCUAAGAAUUACCAGGUAGUUUUUAUAGGAAAAAAAAAUAGUCCUAUUACUUUCUGAAAACAUUGGAGGCUCUGUAGGGGUCGAUUACAUGGCACAUCUAGACUGCUGCCUAUUCACAGUUCUCACUAUGUGUAAUUAAAUUUUUCUAAAUAUAAGUUUUGGCAACUCUAUCUCAAUUUCUACAAAA